AUGGGGAAAAACGAAGUGAUCAAGGGUAGCCCUUCUUCCCAGCCUGGCUUGCAUUAUCCAUUCUGGUUUGGAGGAUCAGCUUCAUGCUGUGCGGCGGGGAAGCUAGUUGCUGACGGGUUUGUUCUAGUCAAGGUCAGGCUACAGACUCGAGGACCAAAUGACCCAACCGGGAUGCUCCGGACCAUCGUCCACAUCUGCAAAAAUAAUGGAUUCUUAGGGCUCUACAACGGACUCUCUGCCUCGGUUCUACGACAGUUGACAUAUUCAACCACUCGGUUUGGAGUAUACGAGGAGUUAAAGUCUCGAGUCAACCAGUCAUCGUCAUCUUCUCCUCCGUCACUGCCUACUCUAAUUGCUAUGGCGUCGGUAUCCGGCUUCCUAGGCGGAUUGGUAGGUAACCCCGCAGACGUUCUGAAUGUACGAAUGCAGUCCGAUGCCGGCCUGCCGCCUGAGAAAAGACGGAAUUACAAGCAUGCGUUUGACGGGCUAUCCCGAAUGAUACGCUCGGAGGGCAUCGGCAGUGCCUUUCGUGGUGUCUGGCCUAACUCAGCCAGAGCAGUGCUCAUGACUGCCGCGCAGCUAGCUACCUACGAUACCUUCAAAGGGAUAUGCAUCAACAGCCUGGGCAUGAAGGAUAAUCUGACGACGCACUUUACUUCCUCAUUCAUGGCCGGGUUUGUAGCCACAUCCGUCUGCAGCCCUGUGGAUGUGAUCAAGACUAGAAUCAUGCAUGCUAGUCCUGCUGAGAGUAAAGGCCAGAGCUUCGUUGGAUUAUUGAGGGACGUGUUUAAGAAGGAAGGCUUUACAUGGAUGUUCAGAGGAUGGACGCCCAGCUUCAUCCGGCUUGGACCGCAUACUAUUGCUACCUUUUUGUUCCUGGAGCAACAUAAGAAGAUAUACCGUGCAUUGAAAGGGGAUAAAUCGGAGGCACCCCUCUAG